UUAUGUCAUCGUGUGACAGUCCAUAUUUAAAAGACCAUCAUGGAGGAAGAAGUUUGCAGUGGUAUGUCGUCCGAAAGCUUUCCCGAUCCUCCUGCAGAUCCGCCAGAAGACAAGGCGCCGUGGGUGCUCACAGCCUUUCCGCAGAUAGUGAAGAAUGUAUUGCAAUACCUGCCGGCAAAGUCACUCAUCCAGAGUGGGAGGGUAUGUAAGCUGUGGUACCAGGAGGCAAGUCGUAUAUUGCAGACCAGACAGGAUGUGACAUGGACAAUGACCGAAGAUGACAUGCCAGUGAAGGAUGAACUGACAGAAUGCUUUGAGGACUACUCCAGUGUUCCCAGGCUGGCUAUCCUGUUCUGUGAGAGUUCCCUGUAUGAAAUGACAUGGGAAUCUGAAGACAGGCCCAUCAGCACAAGGAACAAGAGGAAGAAGAAGAAGGAGAGCAGCCUGAUUGAUAAAGUACAGGAGGCUCUGCCAGUGGGGUGCAAUGUUGUGGGUGUGGCAGUGCCAGGAGUCAUAUGUUGUUCUACAGACUUGUCAGUUAUCACUGAGGUGGAGGACAACCCUGCCAUGUCUGCCCUCUUCCUGCCUCACAUGGAUGAGGUGAAAGUUCAGCCCUUCUAUGUCUCCAACGAGGAAUGUAUCCAUGGGCAGUUCAAUGAGGAUGGAGAGAAGGUUUUACGUACAAAAGGCUUGCUGCCAGACCCCCAUCUGAAGGCUGUACUACUGCUGUCCUGUGGUCUGGGCUCUCCUGCCCUGCAUGUGGUCUGUAUGGAGCUGCUGAAUGAGUACAAGGGAAACAUCAUCAUUGCUGGAGCCUACCCUGAGGAGGUCAUUGCUCCACCGGAACUCACUCCAGCACAGCGGAGGGACGGUCUGGUGGGAAUCGCCAUCUCCGGGGAGCGCGUGCAGGCAGCCUCCAUCCUGCUGGACCACUCGGUACGCACGCCUGCCGACGCGCAGGAAGCCAUGAAGCGGCUGAAAGCUGCCAACAUCCCCCAGGAGAACAGUGUGUGCUUCAUGUUCGCCUGCGUGGGGAGGGGCUACUACCACUACGGGAAAGGUAAUGUGGAGACGGAGGCCUUCCAUAAAGAGUUCCCUAACACUCCCAUCGUUGGCUUUUUUGGGAAUGGAGAAGUCGGUUGUGAUCGGAACGUGCCCAAGAAAUCAGCCGCUCCAGAGAAGAGGUGGAAUUUCCAUGGAGGGAAGGAGGGGGAGGAUGAGAAGUAUCCUGACCUGUUUCACGGGUACACAACAGUCCUGUGUUUGGUGUCCUUUGGGAGGAAAAAGUAGCUUAGGUCAGGCAACUAGAUGUCAACUUUGUGGUCAAAACUUAUUUUGUACAGGGUUAUUGUAGCAUCAAUCCAUUUCCAAUAUUUUUUGUCUUUGAAAUACUGGCACAUUAAUAUGAGUAAAGGCACAUAAAGUUUUUAUGUCAUAUACAUUUGUAAACAUUGUCAAGUACAUUUACUUGACAAGAAUCUGUCACCUACAUGUACAUGUAGUAUCAGUAGGUUGGACCUUACAGACGUUGAACAAGACCCAGAGUGGUUAAGCAUAAGUUAAUGGGAGAAGUACAUGACUGGUUUGAUUGAACAUACAGUAUUAUAAGACUAUCACUACAUGUAGGAAGGGGAAUCAUGUACAUGUAGUAGGGCAAAAAUUCAAAGACUCUGCAAAGGGAAACAUAUUAAUUAACUGGUUGUAUGAUAAAUUUAAUAUAAUUGUGCCUGCUCUUUGUAAAUACAUCAAAUAACAUGGUACUAGUUUUAGGAAGUGAAUAAAAGUUUGGGAGAUUUCUGG